AUGACCCCUCACUGCCCAGCAUGGCGCGGAUUACGCCUGGGAGUGAGAGGUCAUCUCCGAUUGCCGCUGCCAGAGUGCGGCGCUCUUCGGAUCACGCUGUACAUACCUGAAGGAGCGCGGCCGGCGGAGGACGCAGUCUCAUAUUUUGAAAUUUACAAGUACGGGCGAUGGUACGAGCUGGCGGCGAGCGUGGCGGGCACGGUGCUGGGCCUGCUGAGCGGCGGAGGCCUCUGCUACAACCUGGCGCAGUUCGGCGAGCUCACCACGGCCUUCGUUGACCGCACCGCCAACCAGCACGAGCUCUCCACCUACUUGCCUUUGACCACCUUAUUUGGCGGCGGAAGAAGACUGGUGAACGCGUCUCACGAAGAGAAUAUGGCAGCGCUGGAGGAAGACGCGCGAGCGACCUGCAUCGGUUGUUUCGUGGCAAUCAUCAUCUCCCUGGUGCUGUGUAACACUUCCAUCGCGCUGCUGAGCUGGAGCGCCGCCAGACAGAUAACUAGGAUAAGAAUGCUCUUCCUGGAGGCGGUGAUGCGGCAGGACAUGGCGUGGUUUGAUCUUGACACCGAAUUUAACCUGGCUUCCAAGAUGUCCGAGAACUUGAUGAAGCUGAAGGAGGGCAUGGGCGACAAGCUGGGCGUGAUCGCCAACCUGGUGGGUACCAGCGUGCUCUGCAUCUGCCAGUCCCUGAGCUUCGGCUGGGAGCUGACGCUGGCCUGCAUCACCGUAAUCCCCUUCGCCGUCGCCGCGUCCGUCAUCUUAUCCAACUACCAGACGCGGUCGAUGGCGCGCGAGAUGGCGUCCUACAGCCGCGCGGGGAAGCACGCCGAGGAGGUGCUCAAGUCGGUGCGCACAGUCGUCGCGUUCGCCGGCGAGCGCAUCGAGAGCGACAGGUACCUGGCGCUGCUACAGCCGGCGGAGAACGCAGGGAGGCGGCGCGGGCUGCUGACGGGCGUGGGCACCGGCGUGCACUGGCUGCUCACGUACGGCAUGGACGGCAUCUGCUUGGCGUACGGCGCGCGGCUGGUGCUGGCCGACCUCGACCGCCCCGCAGACCACAGGAAGUACGUCAUCGGAGUCUUGUUCAGUAUCCUGUUCAACGUGUACAUGGCGACUCAGUCGGUGACGUUCUGCGCGCCGCUGGCGGAGGUGUUCGCGGCGGCGCGCGGCGCGGCGGGCAGCGUGUUCGCGCUACUGGAGCGGCGGCCCGCCAUCGACUGCCUGGCGGCGGGCGGCGCGGAGCCGAAAGUGGCCACCGGCAGCUUCGGGAUCAAGGACGUGGAGUUCAGCUACCCCACGCGGCCGCAUCAGCGAAUUCUGAAAGGAGUCAAUUUGAAGGUGGAGGCCGGCCAGACCGUGGCGCUGGUCGGUUCCUCCGGCUGCGGCAAGUCCACCAUCCUGCAGCUGCUGCAGCGCUACUACGACCCCGACUCCGGCACCAUCGAGCUGGACGGGCGGGACACGCGCGCGAGCCUGACCCUGGUGCGGCUGCGGCGGCAGCUGGGCGUGGUGCAGCAGGAGCCCGUGCUCUUCAACCGCUCGCUGGCAGAGAACAUAGCGUACGGCGACACGGCGCGCGACGUGCCCAUGGACGAGGUGAUCGACUGCGCGAAGGCCGCCGACAUACACAACUUCAUCCUCACUCUGCCGCAGGGCUACGAGACGAACCUGGGCGCGAGCGGCGCGCAGCUGUCGGGCGGCCAGAAGCAGCGCGUGUGCAUCGCGCGCGCUCUGCUGCGCCGGCCGCGCCUGCUGCUGCUGGACGAGGCCACCUCCGCCCUGGACGCCAACAGCGAGAAGGCGGUGACGCGGGCGCUGGAGCGCGCGGCGGAGGGCCGCACCUGCAUCACAGUCGCACAUCGCCUCUCCACCGUCAAGGACGCCGACCUCAUCUGCGUCUUGGAUCAAGGUAAAAUAGUAGAACGCGGCACGCACGCGCAGCUGCUGGGUCUGCGGGGGCGCUACUGGCGUAUGUGCCGCGGACAGCACGCGGCUUGACCGCGGGUUCACCGCGGCCGGCAGGAGAUGCUGAAUUCUAUUUUGUUAUUGUUUAAAAUAAAGCCAUCAUAUAACAUGUGCCUAUCUUGUGUAUUGAGACGCGAUCAUUUGCUUUUGAAUCAAAUAAAUACACUUCCUAUACUUCUCUGA